UGUGUAGUGAGAGCUCUUUCCGGUGCACGCUGGUUUUGGACCUCCGGUUUUCGGCUCUUGAGGAAAGAUGUUGUUUUUCCCGGAAAGGCUAAGUAGCCUGGGACAAGAGGGGUGAGCGGGAGAAGUGAGCCUACUGCCGCCGCUGUGGGGACCAGACUUCUGAGAGGGCCAGAGCAGCCCUCCGUGAUCCACUGGAAAGUCCGUGGCGUGUAGGAAGAACUCACCGGCAAGUCGGGGCAGGGGGCGUCGGCUUCUCUUUCCCCACCCCGCACAUUUCCGGGCCGGACAGACGGUGCAGUUUAGAAACCAAGCCUUCUUUGCGGGUGUUGGGCUCUCUUCAGGGGGCAGCCGGAGCCCAUUGCCAACCCGGCUCGUGGAGGCCGCGUUCGCUUUGGGUUAGCCCUCCUGAGUGCCAGAUGCCAAGGACCCCUGUCACCUGCGACCUCCACGUGCCCGCGCACCACCUCCUGUACCUGUCGGUCACAUGCCCAAGGCCCCUCCUUUAGUUGUUUGUUUCCUCAAGGUCACUGCGAAGGCCGACCUAGGGAUGUAAUUUAAAAUUGUAAUUUAUUGUAGUCUUUGAGAGGUUGGGUCUACAAACAAGCAAGCAAAUACCCUAAAAGACAGUUGUGUUUUUUUUUUUUUUUAUCUUCAAAUUCGAAAGCAUUUUUAGUUGGAUACAGGAAGCUACCUCUUUUUUGGACUUUUCUCCAAAUCCUGCUAUCUGGUUCAGACUAAAAGUCUGUGGUUGAUGCCAAAAGAGAAAAAAAAGUUACUUGAAAUUUUAAUUUUGGAAAUUGAUAUUAAUGAAGUAAGAAUAACCAUGGUAAACCAGCUCUAAGAUAUUUUAUUUAGAGCCAUCAAGAUGGAAACAAAACACAUGAAGGAAAGCCAGUUAUUUUUAUACCAGCAUAUUACACCCGACUACUAGUUGCAGAUGGAUUUCUUUACCAAAGAAAAAUUGUGAUAUAAAGGGAAAAAAGUUUGGAGACUCAUCGGCUAUAAAUAUGUUCCGUCUAAGAGGCAUCUUAGUCUCUAGGAGAGUGUUUCAGUUACGGCCCUUCAGUUAUGAAUCGUUUAUUAUUCAGAUGAAUAACUGUGCGGACGAAAAGCAAGUGUUUGAUCUUCUUGAAAGGAACAAAGAUACACUUUCAGAAAAGCAAGUGGGAUGUGCACUUAACGCACUUCAGCAGAUUCGGAUGCAGAAGAUCAGCUUGAUAAGAAACAGUGCUCCGGUCAAAGACCAUCCCCAGUUCCUCAGGCUUUGUAAGGCUGCUGCAAAUCGCAUCAAUUCUAUGAACAAUGACACCCUGGUGAAUGUGUUAUACAUCAUAAGACAGUUUGCUGUUGAGGCCCAUGACCCAGUAGUUGAAGCACUAGUUUCGGAAGCAUGGAAAAGACUAAAAAGGUUUGAUAUUAAUGCGCUGUCAACAUUUUCCACUUGCCUAGCUGAUCAGCGUUUGCAGUUUAGUCCAUUAAUGGGAGAAAUAGCUGAUAUUGUAAAUAAGAACUUGGAAACCAUACAGGACUUAAGGGCCUUGUCUGUCUUGAUGGUCAGCAUAUCUUCUUUAAUAUCACAAGAUUUCCAGGAACGACUAGUGAACAAAACGGAAUUUCUUUUUGACACUGUAGACUCUUCCAAGGUCAACAUUGCAAGAAGGGUAGUACUGUUUCUUCGAAAUGUUAAAUAUAGCUAUUUCCCACUGUUAGAAAAGUGUAAUCAAGUGUUGAUAAGCAAUGUGAACCAUCUUGAUUUGGAUUCCAUUAGUAAAAUACUUAGCCUGUAUCAGUCUCUACAAUUCCAUAGUUUUGAAUUUAUUGAAGUGGCUAAAAGGAGGCUAACUGAGAUGGUUCCUCUCUCUGAUCACCCUGCAAGCUUUGUGAGAUUGUUUGUCACAUUAGGACCAAUGGCAGGACCUGAAGAAAAGAAAUGGCUUAAAUCAACUAUAUUGUUAAUGUCAGAGGAGCUGACCAGCCAGCAAACCCUAGCAGUGUUGGAAACUUUGGAGAAUAUGGAAAGCAGAAACUCACAUUUGAUUGCAAAAAUUGCUUCAGUUCUGCAUAAACAUUUGGAUAACUAUAAACCAGUAGAUCUUCUAAAGAUAACUCAAGCAUUGAUUUUUCUACGUUUCCAAAGUAAAGAGUUUUUUGUGAAACUCAGAAAAUUACUUCUUAGUCAUUUGGAAGUUAGCUUCAUGCCAAGUGAGAUUUCCAGCCUGGUCUGUGCUCUUUGCAUACUUCCUUUUCCUGACCUUAAUGAUAUGGUAGUGUCCCGAAUUGAAGAAGUUUUACCACAGUGCAACCUCAAGGAACUGAAUGUGUUUGCUGCCUCGCUUUUAAGGUGGAUUCAGUAUGGUCAUAUGUGUUUGGGCACUACUACUGAAAAGCAACUGAAACUACUACAAACACUAGAUCACUAUGGUCAUCAACGGUUACAGCAAAGCAACAGUUUGGAUCUAUUAUGGGACGAAUUUAAAUCUUUAAGAGGAGACUGGUUUCAUGAAUCGCUUGUAGAAGAAUCAGUUGCUAUUUUACAGAGUUUUGUGGAUGAAAUCAGUUACAUCAACGUUGCAAAGAUCGCAUCUUUUCUUUCUAGAACUAACUACCUCAGUACUCUGCUACUUGAUAGGAUAGCUUCAGUGGUUGUUCAACAGAUUGAAAAGAUCCAUCCUUUGUCAGUCUUUGCUAUUACUCUUCCAUUCAGCAAUUUGAACUAUGAUCCUCCUCAAAGGGAUGAAUUUUUUGGAGCAUGCAUGCAGUGCCUUAAUUCUUAUGUAGGUACUUUGGAUCCUCUUAAGUUAGUGUUUCUUGCUUUUUCUUUCGCUACAAUUGAAUAUUUUCCAGAAGAUCUGCUAAAGAAAAUUUUUAACAUUGAAUUCUUAGCCAAAUUAGAUUCGCAACUUGAAAUUUUAUCUUCAUCUCUACGUAAAAGUGUCCUGUUUCGUUUUAUGGAGUUAAAUAGAGCAGUCUGCUUGGAGUGCCCUGAGUUUCAAAUUCCAUGGUUUCAUGACCGAUUUUGUCAACAACAGUAUAAUAAAGAUGCUGGGAUUAUGAAUGAAGCAAAACAACAGAUUUACAAAAUGUUAGCAGAGGUCCUAGGAGGAGUGAAUUACGUAAAAGCUUCUGCUUUUUCGCCUUAUUACUACAGAGUAGAUUUUGAAUGUAUUUUGGAUAAACGAAAAAAACCUCUUCCUUAUGGAGGCCAUAGCAUAACUUUGGGGAAAACAUCGGGAAUGGACUGGGAAUUAAAUACUCAAAGAGUUAAAGCAAGCCUUCCGCCGGGAGCCGAGAGGAUUGCUUUUGAAUUUUUGGAUUUAAAAGCCUUUUGUAUAAACCUCCCUCAUUUAAAGGGAAAAUCUGCUAUGAAAAAACGACACUUGGAAAUUUUGGGCUAUCAUGUGAUUCAGGUCCCUUAUUUUGAAUGGAACUCUAUGACAAUGUCAACAAAGGCUGCUCGGCUGGACUACCUGAAGGAACGUAUAUUUGGAGAAGGCAAAUCAUGAUUGUAGUUUUCAUUUAAAAUGAGUAUGGUAUGCAAAUACAUCUGUAUUUGCUUUAAUUAAGUGGCCUAAACUCAAUUUAAAGAUAGGGCUGGAGAGCUGGCUCAGAGGUCAAGAGCAUUUGCUGCUCUUACAGAGAACCUCCACACCCACAUAGCAGCUGACACCCUUCUGGCCUCUGACACCAGGCAUACACGUACCUGUGGGCAGAACACUCAUGCACAUAAAAAAUAAAUCUUUAAUAAUAAGUGUAAAUAUUCUGAAGUGGGAACAUACCUGAUAUAUUUGAGAAUAACAUGCUUAUUAAUAACAUGGUUGGAACAAACAAGUGGGAAGUGGGUUGGGAGUAGAAUAAAAGGUGAGUGGUAACAGUCAAAUUGUAUGGCCUUAGCCGGGCGUGGUGGUGCACGCCUGUAGUCCCAGCACUUGGGAGGCAGAGGCAUGUGGAUCUCUAUGAGUUUAGGCCUGCCUCCAGGCCAGCUGGGGCUACAGGGAG